CGAGUAAUCAUCAGAUACAUAAAGAAAGAAGGACAAGGAGAAUUAGGUGGUACCAAGGAAGAGGGUGAGAGAAAGGGAGAGAUCCAGUUUGUUGUUGCCAUUGCCUGAUGAGCCAAACAGCGUAGAGGAUCACGGCGACCCCAACCAUCCCAAGAAGGGAAUUCACCAGCUUCAGCAUCGACUGGUUGGUUGGUUACUUUGCUUGAAAUGAAAUGAAAUGAAGGUUGACUGACUCUACGGUCAAAGGCCUUGUCCUCCAUCCAUCCAUGAUUCUAUCCCUCACGCCGGUGGUGGCUAGUUCUUCCCUCCGACCAUAUUCAGUGUUUCACCCUCUCUCCUCCUCUACCACUUGUCGUCGGUUGCGAUCCAUCCCUUUCCCAUCUCUCAGAUGCUCUUGUCUCAGUAGCAAACCCACUCCCCAUGGGUUCUCGGUUUUGGCAUCAGAGAUUCCGUGGGAAGACAAGAACGUAUGGACCACGUUCGCUCUUUACAUGUUUUGCCUCCAUAUUCCUCUCAGUUUUGGUGGUUUAUCCAUCCUUGCUCGCACCCUGCACACCCCUCUUCUCCAUCCUCAGACCCAAGUGCUAUCACUUGUGCUUCUCCAGUUGCUCGAACUUUCACUCACCCUCUUCCUUCUGAGGACCACCGCCAAGCCUCAAUUCAAAUCAUUCAACUUUCUUAAGGGUACUAACAACAAUGUCUCAACCCAAGGGAGAAACUGGGUGGUUGGUUCAGCUUUGGGUUUUGGAACUCUUGUUGCUUUUAUCUUCCUCACUUCACUUGUAGCUCAUCAACUCUUUCCUUCUCAGGAUGUGCACAACUCUGAAUUGGAUAAGAUUAUUGAAAGCGGGGAGGUGUCGAGAAUUGGGUGUUUUGUUCUCUACUGCGUCGUAGCUCCCAUACUUGAGGAGAUUGUGUACAGACGAUUUCUACUGAGCUCCUUAGCGUCCAGAAUGGAAUUGAGGAAGGCCCUUGUGAUCAGCUCAGGAGUAUUUGCAGCAUCUCACUUCUCUGGGGAGGAUUUUGUGCAGCUGUUUGGGAUAGGGUGCGUUCUCGGGGGAUGUUACAGCUGGUCAGGGAACUUGGCCUCGUCCGUGGUCGUCCACUCCUUGUACAAUGCCUUGACACUCCUCCUUGCGCUGCCUUCUUAGCCACACCACCCAAGAUGAGAAGAGGUGGGGGCCAUUUCCCUUGUCAGUUACGUCAUAUAGGAAUCUCUAUCUUUCUUUCUUUGGAAGACAGCGUAUAAACCGUCUGUGUGUAAAGAGACAAUCUUGAUCCCUUUUCAGUUUAAUAAAGUGUAUUGAUUAAUGGUAGUACAAGAAACAAAAGGUAAGAUGAGCUUAGCUUAACUGAGAAGAAAAAAAAGGCUUUA